AAAUGUCGAAGUGCUCCUUAACGAUGACGUUUUGGUGGUCCUUUGUUUUCUCCCUCGCCACCACCGCCAUCAACGUCGCUGUUGCCGAUGCCGACCGGAUUACUUCCACUCUCGAAGGGCCUUUCGAACCCGUAACCGCCCCCUACGACGUCAGUUUGCGCGGCAGCGCCGUCGAUUUGCCCGACACUGACCCCCGUGUGCGCUGCCGCGUCAAAGGAUUCUAGCCCGAGCAGAUUUCGGUCUCUCUCUCCGUCAACUACGACUCUGUUUGGAUCUCAUGGGUCACUGGGGAAUUCCAGAUUGGCAACAAUAUAAAGCCAUUAAAGCACAAUACAAUUGCAAGUUUAGUUCGUUAUGGGAGGUCAAGGUUUUCAUUAACUCAUGAAGCCACUGGCUAUUCUUUGGUGUACAAUCAGCUUUACCCCUUUGAAGGUCUCCAGAAUUACACUUCUGGAAUCAUCCACCAUGUUCGUCUAACAGGACUAAAAUCCAACACGCUAUACUAUUAUCGUUGUGGAGAUCCAUCAAUAUCAGCCAUGAGUGAUAUCUACCACUUCAGGACAAUGCCAGUUUCUGGUCCCAGGAGCUAUCCAAAGAGAAUAGCAGUUGUGGGAGAUCUGGGACUAACAUAUAAUACAACCGACACUAUCAGUCAUUUGAAAAGGAACAAGCCUGAUUUAGUUUUAUUAGUUGGUGAUGUAACUUAUGCAAAUCUUUAUCUUACAAAUGGUACUGGCUCAGACUGCUAUGACUGCUCAUUUCCACAGACUCCAAUACAUGAGACCUAUCAGCCUCGUUGGGAUUACUGGGGGAGGUUCAUGCAGAGUUUAAUUUCUGAAACUCCAAUAAUGGUAGUAGAAGGGAACCAUGAAAUAGAAAAGCAAGCUGGGAACCAGAGCUUUGUAGCUUACAGUUCACGAUUUGCAUUUCCUUCGGAGGAAAGCAAAUCUUCAUCAACAUUCUACUAUUCCUUUAAUUCCGGGGGGAUACAUUUCAUCAUGCUAGGAGCAUAUGUUCCUUUUAGUAAAUCAGAAAAGCAAUACAAGUGGCUGGAGAGGGACUUAGCUAAUGUCGAUAGAUCCGUGACUCCAUGGCUGGUAGCUGCUUGGCAUCCACCAUGGUACAAUUCAUAUAAAGCUCAUUAUAAAGAGGCAGAAUGUAUGAGGGUGGACAUGGAAGAACUACUAUACAGUUACAGUGUUGACAUAGUCUUGAAUGGACAUGUUCAUGCCUAUGAGAGGUCCAAUCGGGUUUACAAUUAUACAUUAGAUCCAUGUGGACCAGUACAUAUCACAGUAGGAGAUGGGGGAAACCGUGAGAAAAUGGCAGUUGAACAUGCUGAUGAAGCUGGUAACUGUCCAGAGCCAUCAUCUACCUAUGACGAGUAUAUGGGUGGCUUUUGUGCAACAAACUUCACUACUGGUCCAGCAGCUGGAAAGUUUUGCUGGGACCGGCAACCUGAUUUCAGUGCCUUCAGAGAAAGUAGCUUUGGUCAUGGGAUCUUGGAGGUGAAGAAUGAAACUUGGGCUCUAUGGACGUGGUAUCGAAACCAGGAUUCAACCGGUAAGGUCGGUGAUCAAAUUUACAUAGUGAGACAACCUGAUGUGUGUCCUUCCCUUAUCACACUCCCAAAAGGUUCAUUUGCAGACAGUUGAGUGGCACCAGAAAGGAAUAAUUAAGUGCCCUUGCU